CCCCCGGCCAGCCCCGCGGCGGGGAGGGACCCACUGGGCUAGUGGAGGCUCCGGCGGUGUCAAUGGCUCCUCCUGCCACGGAGCAGCAGCAGAAGCAGCGGCGACAGGGCUGAGGAGGAGGAGGAGGAGGAAAGGUUCCUUUAAGGAGGAGGAACGACGACGCCUCUUUUUCCCCCUAUCUCCUCCCUUCACACUCAUUUCCCCUUCGCCGAGGAGAGAAGGGGGGGAGGAGAGAGAAGAGGCCGAAGAAAGAGAAAAAUUCCUCACAGAAAUCUCUUUCAGGGGGUGUGGGGGGGAGGAAGAGGGAAAAAAAAAGAGCCGGGCGCCCCCUGCUCCCUCCCUCCCUUCUCUCCCUCUCUUCUUCUCCCUUCCUCACCCGCCCGCCCACUCCCCCCGCUGCCGGAGACGCCGCUCGCGAGUCGGCGGGACCGGGAUCUGUCUCCUCAGCCGCCGCCGCCGCCGCGCUUCGCCUCGGGAUCCCCAAGCGGCGGACGCCCUUUCUUUCUCUCGCUCUGCCGGUCUUUCUGCCUUCGUCCCUCGCGGCCGCCCCGCCCGGCGGCCUCGGCCUUCCCCGUGCGUCAGGCCCGCCCGGUCGGCCUCCCUCGGUCUCCGACUCUGUACCCGGGCCUUUCUCCGGACUCGGGGUCCCGCUCGCCCCCUCCGCCCUCAGCGUCUCCCCUUCCCCUCGCCCCUUCUCCUUCCUCCCCCCUCUCCCACUCUCCCCACCCCCUUCUCCAGCCCCGAAGCUCGCUGUGCGUGUGCGUGUGUGUGUCCCUCCGCCAACGCCGCCACCUCAGCCCGGCAAAUGAACUCCGUCCGAGCCGCCAACCGGAGACCCAGGCGAGUGUCGCGGCCGCGCCCGGUGCAGCAACAGCAGCAGCAGCCCCCGCAGCAGCCGCCGCCGCAGCCACCCCAGCAGCAGCCGCCCCAGCAGCAGCCUCCGCCGCCGCCACAACAGCAGCAGCAGCAGCCUCCGCCGCCGCCACCGCCGCCUCCGCCGCUGCCUCAGGAGCGGAACAACGUCGGCGAGCGGGAUGAUGAUGUGCCUGCAGAUAUGGUUGCAGAAGAAUCAGGUCCUGGUGCACAAAAUAGUCCAUACCAACUUCGUAGAAAAACUCUUUUGCCGAAAAGAACAGCGUGUCCCACAAAGAACAGUAUGGAGGGCGCCUCAACUUCAACUACAGAAAACUUCGGUCAUCGUGCAAAACGUGCACGAGUGUCUGGAAAAUCACAAGAUCUAUCAGCAGCACCUGCUGAACAGUAUCUUCAGGAGAAACUGCCAGAUGAAGUGGUUCUAAAAAUCUUCUCUUACUUGCUGGAACAGGAUCUUUGUAGAGCAGCUUGUGUAUGUAAACGCUUCAGUGAACUUGCUAAUGAUCCAAUUUUGUGGAAACGAUUAUAUAUGGAAGUAUUUGAAUAUACUCGCCCUAUGAUGCAUCCUGAACCUGGUAAAUUCUACCAGAUUAAUCCAGAAGAGUAUGAACAUCCAAAUCCCUGGAAAGAGAGUUUCCAGCAGUUGUAUAAAGGUGCACAUGUAAAGCCAGGAUUUGCUGAACAUUUCUACAGUAACCCUGCAAGAUAUAAAGGAAGAGAAAAUAUGUUGUAUUAUGAUACUAUUGAAGAUGCCCUUGGUGGGGUACAAGAGGCUCAUUUUGAUGGACUUAUCUUUGUUCAUUCUGGAAUAUAUACUGAUGAAUGGAUAUAUAUUGAAUCUCCAAUCACCAUGAUUGGUGCAGCACCUGGGAAAGUGGCAGACAAAGUUAUAAUUGAAAACACUAGAGAUUCAACCUUCGUUUUUAUGGAAGGCUCUGAAGAUGCUUAUGUUGGAUAUAUGACAAUAAGGUUUAACCCUGAUGACAAAUCUGCACAACACCACAAUGCACACCACUGCUUAGAGAUUACGGUAAAUUGUAGCCCUAUUAUUGAUCACUGUAUCAUCCGAAGUACAUGUACAGUUGGUUCUGCAGUAUGUGUUAGUGGUCAAGGAGCAUGUCCCACUAUCAAGCACUGUAACAUCAGCGACUGUGAAAAUGUUGGACUGUAUAUAACAGAUCAUGCACAGGGAAUAUAUGAGGAUAAUGAAAUUUCCAAUAAUGCAUUAGCUGGGAUUUGGGUUAAAAAUCAUGGAAACCCAAUUAUUAGACGGAAUCAUAUUCAUCAUGGACGUGAUGUUGGUGUGUUCACAUUUGAUCAUGGCAUGGGUUACUUUGAAAGUUGCAACAUACACAGAAAUAGGAUAGCAGGCUUUGAAGUAAAAGCCUAUGCUAACCCCACAGUGGUUCGAUGUGAAAUUCACCAUGGGCAGACUGGAGGAAUAUAUGUCCAUGAAAAAGGAAGAGGACAAUUCAUAGAGAAUAAAAUCUAUGCAAACAACUUUGCAGGUGUAUGGAUUACCUCAAAUAGCGACCCAACAAUAAGGGGAAAUUCUAUAUUUAAUGGAAAUCAAGGAGGAGUUUACAUCUUUGGUGAUGGACGAGGCCUUAUUGAAGGAAAUGACAUUUAUGGCAAUGCAUUAGCAGGAAUUCAAAUUAGGACAAACAGUUGUCCAAUUGUUCGGCAUAACAAAAUUCAUGAUGGCCAACAUGGUGGGAUUUAUGUGCAUGAAAAGGGACAAGGAGUAAUAGAAGAGAAUGAAGUUUAUAGUAACACUCUGGCUGGAGUCUGGGUGACAACUGGCAGCACUCCAGUACUGAGAAGAAACCGGAUACACAGUGGCAAGCAGGUUGGUGUUUAUUUUUAUGACAAUGGACACGGAGUACUAGAAGACAAUGAUAUCUAUAAUCACAUGUAUUCAGGGGUUCAGAUAAGGACUGGAAGCAACCCCAAAAUUAGACGCAACAAAAUCUGGGGAGGACAGAAUGGUGGAAUUCUAGUUUAUAAUUCUGGUCUAGGCUGUAUAGAAGACAAUGAAAUAUUUGACAAUGCAAUGGCUGGAGUCUGGAUUAAGACAGAUAGUAAUCCUACACUAAGAAGAAAUAAAAUCCAUGAUGGAAGAGAUGGUGGCAUCUGUAUAUUUAAUGGGGGUCGAGGUCUCCUUGAAGAAAAUGAUAUUUUCAGGAAUGCUCAAGCAGGUGUUCUCAUCAGCACUAAUAGUCAUCCAAUCUUAAGGAAAAACAGAAUAUUUGAUGGAUUUGCUGCAGGUAUUGAAAUUACAAAUCACGCAACUGCAACACUAGAAGGCAAUCAGAUUUUUAACAACCGGUUUGGAGGCUUAUUUUUAGCAUCUGGUGUUAAUGUGACAAUGAAAGAUAACAAAAUAAUGAACAAUCAAGAUGCCAUAGAAAAGGCUGUUAGUAGAGGCCAAUGUUUAUAUAAAAUAUCAAGUUAUACCAGCUAUCCCAUGCAUGAUUUCUACAGAUGUCAUACUUGUAACACCACAGAUCGAAAUGCCAUAUGUGUGAACUGCAUUAAGAAGUGCCAUCAGGGACACGAUGUAGAGUUUAUUAGACAUGAUAGGUUUUUCUGUGACUGUGGUGCUGGAACACUGUCUAAUCCUUGUACAUUAGCUGGUGAGCCUACACAUGAUACAGAUACACUAUAUGACUCUGCUCCACCUAUAGAAUCUAAUACAUUGCAGCACAACUGAAUUCCUUCCCUAAAGAAAAAGUCCUGCCAUUGUAACAUCAUAACUUAAAACAUUUUUUUGGAAGAAGAUUUAACAUAUUUGCCCAUGCUACAGGAAGAGACUGUAUUAAAAAUGGAUACACAAGGUCAGUUGACACUAUGAAGCUCAAGCUACCAAAAAGAAAGUGGCAAUAUAUUGACUCAGGAUCUCAAAGCUGGGUGUUUUAGCAUUACUGUGUAAAGACUUGAAGGGACAGAAGUGAAGAAAAUAAGCUGCAAUUUUGUACAGAUACCAACUUCUGAAAAGCUGGUGUUUUUACAACUAGCAUUGAAUGCAGUCCAAUUUGCAGUAGUAAUCUUCAAUAGACAAGCAGCUUUGUUGCUGCCUUUAUGGACAUGGGUACCAAUUGCUUUUGUAAUAUGGUAAAAAUGUGAGCUAGCACUUCUGCGUUCCUUUUGAUUUUUUUUUUUAACAUGUAUUCAGAUUGAGAAAUAUGAUUUUAAUGCUUUAAUCUCAUGUAGUUUGUUUUUAAUUUCAAGCAAAAUCUUAUUGUACUUGAAUGUGCCCUGUUUUGUUAGCACACCUAGACUUGCUGUAAACUGUACUCAUGUCCCAGUAUGUACGUUCUUUCUAUGAAAGAGAAAACACUAAUCUUAAAUUAUAUCCAGCAAUGUUUCUGGUAUCCUUUAAGAAAAGUUAAGACUAUUAUUUUCUUCCCUUCCCUGUGCAGCAUUCAAAAUCAACCCUAGAAAAAGUCAGUGUUUUAAUGAGACUUCCUAGGAAGGGAUGCACUGUAAAACAAAAGUAUUCUUGUAACUCAGUUUUGUGAAAGGUAAAAAAACUACUAUGUUUUAAAGUACACUUUAGAAAGUCUCUUCAAAACAGUCCUGUAUUUGAACUCUGUUCAUAGUUUUUUUUUGAACAGUUUAGACAAAACUGCUGGAAAUUAAAACAAUUUCCUGCAUUAAGCUGAGACAAGUAUAUAUACAGCCCUAUACAGUUUCCUAGCUUUCCCUCCCCCAUUUAUGUGUAUUGGUGACAGUGGGUAUAAAACAGCCUGAAAGUGUAUGCAUGUACCAUAACAUCUAGACUUAAUAUAUUGUGGAGUAUUCAAUAACCAUUAUGUAGAAGGUAGAUAAGAAUUAAAAGGGUUUAAUUUCCUAGAAAGAAAAUGGAAAAAUGGUCAUUUUUAAAAAAUAAAGUUUAUUAGAUCAUAA